AUGAACUUCUCUGGCAAGUACCAACUGCAGAGCCAGGAAAACUUUGAGGCCUUCAUGAAGGCAACUGGUGCACCCGAAGAACUCAUCCAGAAGGGGAAGGACGCCAAGGGGGUGGUUGAAGUUGUGCAGAAUGGGAAGCAAUUCAAGUUCAUCAUCACCGUUGGGUCCAAAGUGAUACAAAACGAGUUCACCGUAGGGGAGGAGUGUGAGCUGGAGACUAUGACUGGGGAGAAGAUCAAGUCAGUGGUUCGCAUGGAAGGGGACAAUAAACUGGUGACAAGUUUCAAAAACGUCAAGUCCGUGACCGAAUUCAAUGGCGACACACUCAUCCAUACUAUGACACUGGACAACAUUGUCUUCAAGAGAAUCAGCAAGAAAAUUUAG